AUGGCGCCUCUGCCCAUCAAAUUUACAGAGGUGCUGCAACUCAACAGCGUAGGCGUUGAUACUGCUGCUAUCGGCUUCAACUCUUGUACACUCGAGUCAGAUCACUACAUCUGCAUACGCGAGAAGAAGAACGAAGCCGCAUCACCUGAAGUUGUUAUCAUCGAUCUCAAGAAUGGCAACAAUGUCACCCGCCGCCCCAUCAAGGCCGAUAGUGCUAUCAUGCACUGGCACCUCAACAUCAUCGCUCUCAAGGCCCAGUCGAGGACAGUGCAGAUCUUCGACCUGGACAACAAAAAGAAGCUCAAGUCUGCUACCAUGAACGAGGAUGUCGUGUUCUGGAAGUGGAUCAGCGAGAGCUCUCUUGGCCUUGUCACAGAUGCUGCUAUCUACCACUGGGACGUCUUCGAUGAGAACCAACAAACUCCUGUCAAGAUUACGGACCGACACGCCAACCUGAACUCGUGUCAGAUCAUCAACUACCGCGUUAACAGCGACGGCAAAUGGAUGGUCGUCGUGGGUAUCAAGCAGGACCAGGGUCGCGUUGUGGGCCAGAUGCAGCUCUACUCCAAGGACCGCGGCAUCAGCCAAGCGAUCGAGGGCCAUGCUGCUUCAUUCGGCACCCUGCGCUUGGACGGCGCCCCCCAAGAUACCAAGCUCUUCACCUUCUCCGUACGAACGGCCAGCGGUGCCAAGCUUCACAUUGUUGAGGUCGACCACGCCGAGACGAACCCUGUCUUCCCCAAGAAGGCUGUCGACGUCUUCUUCCCACCAGAGGCCGUCAAUGACUUCCCUGUCGCAAUGCAGGUCUCCCAAAAGUACGGCGUCAUCUACCUCGUCACCAAGUACGGGUUCAUCCACCUUUACGAUCUCGAGACCGGCCAGUGCAUCUUCAUGAACCGCAUUUCCAGCGAGACCAUUUUCACUUCGUGUGCGGACAAUGACUCGACUGGCAUCGUCGGUAUCAACCGCAAGGGCCAGGUGCUGUUUGUCUCUGUUGAUGACAAUACCGUCAUCCAGUACCUGCUACAAAACCCAGCCAACACCGAGAUGGCGAUCAAGAUGGCUUCCCGGGCUGGCCUGCCUGGUGCGGACAACCUGUACGCCCAGCAGUUUGACCAGCUCUUCAACUCUGGAGAUUACGUAGCUGCUGCCAAGGUUGCCGCCGGCUCACCACGUGGCUUCCUGCGUACUCCUGCGACUAUUGAGAAGUUCAAGCGCCUUCCUGCUCAGCCUGGUCAGAUGUCGUUCAUCCUGCAGUAUUUCGGUAUGCUCUUGGACAAGGGGGUGCUGAACCAGCAUGAGACCAUCGAGCUUGCGCAGCCGGUUCUCGCACAGAAUAGGAAUAAUCUGUUGGAGAAGUGGCUGAAGGAGGGUAAGCUUGACUGCUCAGAGCAGCUUGGUGACCUUGUGCGACCUCACGACAUCAACAUGGCACUCACCAUCUACCUGAAGGCCAACAUCCCUCACAAGGUUGUCGCUGGUCUUGCCGAGACUGGCCAGUUCGACAAGAUUCUGCCAUAUGUUCAGCAAACCGGCUACUCACCAGAUUGGGUCGGCCUGCUGCAGCACAUCGUCCGCAGCAACCCCGAGAAGGGCGCUGAAUUCGCCACUGCCCUCGUCAACCAGCCCCAGGGGUCUCUGGUUGAUAUUGAGCGUGUCGUUGACGUUUUCCAGUCCCAGGGAAUGGUUCAGCAGGCCACCGCCUUCUUGCUUGAUGCUCUCAAGGACAACAACCCCGAGCAGGGCCACCUCCAGACCCGUCUUUUGGAGAUGAAUCUGAUGCACGCCCCUCAGGUCGCAGAUGCCAUCCUCGGCAACGACAUGUUCUCACACUUCGACAAGACACGGAUCGCAACCCUUUGUGAGCAGGCUGGCCUGAUGCAAAAGGCUUUGGAGCUCUAUGAGGAUCCUGCUGCCGUCAAGCGAGUUGUCGUCAACAUCUCUAGUACUCCGAACUUCAACGCGGACUGGCUGGUCAACUUUUUCGGCAAACUCUCCGUUGAGCAGUCUAUCGACUGCCUUGACGCUAUGCUGAAGCACAACAUCCGUCAGAACCUGCAGUCCGUCAUUCAGGUCGCCACAAAAUACUCUGACCUUCUUGGUCCCGAACGCCUGAUUGACCUCUUCGAGAAGUACAAGACUGCCGAGGGUCUCUUCUACUACCUGGGCAGCAUUGUCAACCUGUCAGAAAACCCUGAUGUCCACUUCAAGUACAUCGAGGCCGCAACAAAGAUUGGCCAGUUCAACGAGGUGGAGCGUAUCUGCCGCGACAGCAAUUAUUACAACCCGGAGAAGGUCAAGAAUUUCCUGAAGGAGGCCCGGCUUUCCGAGCAGCUGCCACUUAUAAUAGUGUGCGACAGACACAACUUUGUCCACGACCUCGUCUUGUAUCUUUACCAGAACCAGCAGUUCCAGUCGAUCGAGACAUACGUCCAGCGGGUCAACCCUGCGCGGGCUCCUGCUGUCAUUGGCGGCCUCCUCGAUGUUGACUGCGACGAGGGCAUCAUUAAGAACCUGCUCACGACGAUCAACGCUGCCUCGGUCCCGAUUGAUGAGCUAGUGGCUGAGGUGGAGUCGCGCAACCGCCUCAAGCUCCUCCUGCCCUUCCUGGAGGCCACUCUUGCCUCCGGCAACCAGCAGCAGGCUGUGUACAACGCACUGGCAAAGAUCUAUAUUGACUCGAACAACAACCCCGAGAAAUUCCUCAAGGAGAAUGAUCAAUACGACACUCUGGUGGUCGGCAAGUACUGCGAGAAGCGCGAUCCUAACCUCGCCUAUAUCGCAUACAGCAAGGGCCAAAAUGAUCUGGAGUUGGUCAAUAUUACCAACGAGAACGCCAUGUAUCGGGCUCAGGCUCGUUACCUGCUUGAGCGUGCCGAUCAGGAGCUCUGGUCAUUUGUUCUCAGCGAGAACAACAUUCACCGCCGCUCUGUCAUCGACCAAGUCAUCUCCACGGCUGUGCCCGAGUCGACCGAUCCGGCCAAGGUCUCUCAGGCAGUCUCUUGCUUCCUGAGCGCUGACCUGCCUGGUGAGCUGAUCGAGCUCCUCGAGAAGAUCGUCCUGGAGCCCAGUCCUUUCAGCGACAACCAGAACCUGCAGAACCUACUCAUGUUCACUGCUGCGAAGGCGGACAAGGCUCGUGUGAUGGACUACGUACACCGCCUGGAUGCCUUCGACGCAGAGGAAAUCUCCACGUCCUGCAUCAACGUCGGACUGUACGAGGAAGCAUUUGAGAUCUUCAAGAAGAUCGGCGACAAGGCUGGUGCUGUCAAUGUCCUUGUUGAGCACGUCGUGAGCAUAGACCGUGCUCAGGCAUACGCUGAGGACGUCGACCUGCCUGAGGUCUGGUCCAAGGUAGCCAAGGCUCAGCUUGAUGGUCUGCGCGUCAGCGACGCCAUUGAGUCCUACAUCAAGGCCGAUGAUCCCAAGAACUACACCGAGGUCAUCGAGAUCGCAACUCAUGCUGGCAAGAACGAAGAGCUUGUUCAGUAUCUCCGCAUGGCCCGCAAGACUCUGCGCGAGCCAGAGAUUGACACUGCCCUUGCCUUCUGCUAUGCCCGCCUGGAGCAGCUCGGCGAACUAGAAGAUUUCCUGCGCGGCACUAAUGUUGCGAACAUCGAGGAGUCCGGUGACAAGGCUUACGAGGAGGGAUUCUAUGAAGCUGCCAAGAUCUUCUUCUCCAGCAUCUCCAACUGGGCCAAGCUCGCCACCACUCUGGUCCACCUCGAGGACUACCAAGCUGCUGUCGAGUGCGCUCGCAAGGCAAACAACAUUCGGGUGUGGAAGCAGGUUCACGGUGCCUGCGUGGAGAAGAAGGAGUUCCGUCUGGCUCAGAUCUGCGGUCUCAACCUGAUCGUUGAUGCCGAGGAGUUGCAAGCUCUCGUGAAGCAGUAUGAGUCCAACGGCUACUUUGACGAGCUCAUCAACCUCUUGGAGCAGGGCCUUGGCCUCGAGCGUGCGCACAUGGGCAUGUUCACCGAGCUUGGAAUUGCCCUGUCCAAGUACCACCCUGAGCGACUGAUGGAGCACCUGAAGCUGUUCUGGAGCCGAAUGAACAUGCCAAAGAUGAUCCGCGCCUGUGAGGAGGCCAACUUGUGGCCGGAGCUCGUUUUCUGCUACUAUCACUACGAUGAAUUCGACAACGCUGCGCUUGCGGUCAUGGAGCGCCCAGAGAAUUCCUGGGAGCACCAGCAGUUCAAGGAGAUGGUCGUCAAGGUCGCCAACCUCGAGAUCUACUACAAGGCCAUAAACUUCUAUCUGGAGCAGCACCCAUCCUUGUUGACCGACCUCUUGCAGGUCCUUACUGCUCGCAUUGACGUGAACCGGGUUGUUCGCCUGUUCCAGAAGUCUGACAACCUGCCACUGAUCAAGCCCUUCCUAUUGAACGUCCAGACCCAGAACAAGCGCACGGUCAAUGACGCCAUCAACGAUCUGUUGAUUGAGGAGGAGGACUACAAGACGCUGCGGGACUCCGUCGAGAACUAUGACAAUUAUGACGCCGUGGAUCUUGCAUCACGCCUGGAGAAGCAUGAGCUGGUUUUCUUCCGCCAGAUUGCAGCCAGCAUCUAUCGCAGGAACAAGCGUUGGGAGAAAUCGAUCGCUCUGUCCAAGCAAGACAAGCUCUGGAAGGAUGCCAUCGAGACUUCUGCUCUCUCAAGCAAGUCCGAGGUUGUGGAAGAUCUACUUCGCUACUUUGUCGAUGUUGGCAAUCGCGAAUGCUACGUCGGCAUGCUGUAUGCCUGCUACGACCUCGUUCGUCCUGACACGGUCCUCGAGCUCUCAUGGCGCAACGGCUUGCAUGACUUUACUAUGCCUUACAUGAUCAACAUGCUCUCGCAGCAGACCAAGGAGCUUGCGCAGCUGAAGAUUGACAACGAGGCCCGCAAGGCAAAGGAGAAGGAGCAGGAGAAGGUCGAGGAUAACACGCCCAUCCUGGGCAACCGACUCAUGAUCACUGCUGGACCCGCUGCAAACACUGGCCGUGCCUCUCCCGCGGCGUUCGGUGCACCCAACGGCUUUGCUCCCCAGCCAACCGGCUACUCAGGCUUCUAGGCGCAACCUGCGGUCGUCAACCCGCAACUCGAACCUCGACGACCGUCCUGUCCAGUGAGUGCCGCUCGCACGGCUUCUUCAGAGCCCGUAGCUCUUCUAGAGUCGCCUCCUAGCCCCACCAAGCGACUCGAUGCUUCAGCUGCUGUUUUCCAACCCACUUCACGACGCAGCACCGAGAAGGGCUUCGACGCCGAAGCUCCUAUCUUCGUGCCACGGUGAUCUCGGCCUAUGAAUUCACCUACGCGUAAGUGUGGCGUCGCCCUCUGGUCAAUGCGAGGAGCCUAGGUGCCAAUGGUCCGACCUCGGCUUCACUCGUUAGGUUUAUGCUUUGGCGUGCUGAAUGGACCAAAGACAUUGCCAAUGCAGAUUAUUCUCUUGUUUUUUCGAGUGGCUGGUGCGGUUGGUUGGGCACAUGGGCGGUAACCAUUUUUCGGGGUGAACGAAUUGAACGACGGAUAUCGGCGGGCAAAAGCUUGUUCAUGAAGAUUACUGUAUCAUAGGUAGUACAUUAUGAAAGUUCCCUUUAUUUUCUUCUCCCU